AUGGCAGUUGCUGCAGUUAGAUGCAAACCCACCAAAGUAACUGCUUCUCAAUUUAGAUACUUCAUGUUCAAUUACGUGCAUGUGGGCAGUCGCUUGUCUAGUUCUCACUGUGCUAGCAAAAUUUCAACAUGGGAUGACCAUUCUGCAAAUACCCCUUAUAACUACUCUUCUUUCAAGCCUGUUUCGCUUCGAGGGGAAUUUGUUGAAAAGGGCACUCAAUUGUUGGAAAAUAUGGGAAGUAACAGUAGUUUUGAUAGAAAUUGGAGUGAGAAAGUGAGUAGUAAUAAUGGUGGUGGGUCUAGUUAUGGGGAUCCACCAGAGGUAUGGCAACCACCUGGUGAUGGUGUUGUAAAGAUGAGGGUGAGUGAUGGAGUGAAUUUCAGGGUAGGGGGUAGAGGUGGGUCUGGUUCAAAGGAUGGGGGUUGGGGUGGGUCAAAUUUGGGGAGUAGUUUUCCAACACCAAAGGAGAUUUGUAAGGCACUUGAGAAGUUUGUUAUUGGACAACAGAGAGCUAAGAAGGUGCUAUCUGUUGCUGUUUAUAAUCACUACAAGAGGAUCCAUCUUGAGUCUGCUAAAAAAUGUACAACUUGGGAAGUUAGGAGGGACGCAGAUUUAGGCAAUGGAAAAGCAGAUACCAUGGAUGAUGACGAAGUUGAACUUGAGAAAAGUAACAUUCUUCUAAUGGGGCCAACGGGUUCAGGGAAGACGUUACUUGCCAAAACCUUGGCACGGUUUGUGAAUGUUCCCUUUGUUAUUGCAGAUGCAACUACUUUGACUCAGGCAAGAUAUGUUGGGGAGGAUGUGGAGUCGAUAUUAUACAAACUACUGACGGCUGCUGACUAUAAUGUGGCAGCUGCUCAGCAGGGCAUCAUUUACAUUGAUGAAGUUGACAAGAUCACAAAAAAGGCUGAGAGUGUUAACAUUAGUAGAGAUGUGUCAGGGGAGGGUGUUCAGCAAGCAUUAUUGAAAAUGCUUGAAGGAACAGUAGUCAAUGUCCCAGAGAAGGGAGCUCGAAAGCAUCCUAGAGGUGACAAUAUUCAGAUCGACACCAAGGAUAUUCUUUUUAUAUGUGGGGGUGCCUUUAUUGAUUUGGAGAAGACCAUUUCCGAAAGGCGCCAAGAUUCGUCGAUUGGGUUUGGGGCCCCAGUACGUGCAAAUAUGAGGAUUGGUGGCGUUACUAGUGCUGCUGUGACAUCAUCUUUAUUGGAGACUGCUGAAAGCAGCGAUCUUGUUUCAUAUGGUUUGAUACCUGAAUUUGUUGGAAGAUUUCCCAUCCUUGUCAGUUUAUCAGCUCUCACUGAGGAUCAACUUGUCCAGGUUCUGACAGAACCAAAGAAUGCCCUUGGGAAGCAGUACAAGAAGUUGUUCCAAAUGAAUGAGGUCAAGCUACAUGUCACGGAAAAUGCUUUGAGAUCAAUUGCUAGAAAAGCAAUAACCAAAAAUACUGGGGCUCGGGCCUUGCGGUCCAUAUUAGAGAACAUCUUGAUGGAUUCCAUGUAUGAGAUCCCUGAUGUUAGAAUGGGAGAUGAUAUUAUAGAUGCUGUUGUAGUCGAUGAAGAGGCUAUUGGGUCUGAGGAACGUGGAGUCAGAGUUGAAACCCUCUACGGCAGGGGUGCAUUGGAUCGCUAUCUUUCCAAAGGCAAAUCAAAGUACUCCGAGAAAACCUUGGAGGGUUCUGAUGGAGAACCAGAGGUGGAAUCAGAGCUUCCUUCGAUAGUUGCCAGUAUUCCACCAUUAUUUGCUGUCAUAGAACUUUGCCCUAGGAUUUUGGUUGAAGUUCUCAACAAGCCUUGUGUGGCCAGGGCAGAACUGCCAGUAACCCACUUGUAG